CCCGCAGCAGGCCGCAGCCAUUACACCACAGAAGAAGAAGAAGAAGAAGCUGUGUUUACAAAGAGGACCAGUGUUCUCUAAGUAAGCGGUACGCAACAGGCAUUGCUGAACACAUAACAGUUUUACCAGAGAUGUAUCUAUAUCUGAGAUGUACUUUUGAUGUCAUGAUGACGAAGGAGCACCAUCUAAAAGGAAAAGCACAGAAGAAGGCUAAACGGGACAGUGAUAGGGCUUGCGUAAACCUCGGUCGGGCAUUCACCAAGUGGAGAGAGCUGAGAGAAUUGAAAGGUUGUAAAACUUCUCCCGAGUUGGCCCUUUUCCUAAUCAACAGAGAUCUCACGGCUCUAGAGGGGAUGAUUAAACAACAUCAGGAGCUGAAAGCCAAAGUAGACGGCCGCAGCAAGACCAUACAGCAGUGUGCAGAUCUGGGCAAGAUCUUAAUAGCUGCAGGAAACCCUGCAUCAGAGGAGAUAAAAGAGAAGCUUGACAGUCUUCUGGCAAAGCAGAAAGAUCUUAUUGACAAAUGGGACAAACACCAGGAGAAGUUACAGUGCAAGCAGGAAAGGUUCCGGUUUGCCCAGGAGACAGUGAAGGCGGAAGCCUGGCUGAAGGCCAAGGAACCGCUGAUCACCUCCAAGGAGCCAGAAGGAGGACAGGCCCCAGCCCAAACAGAUGAGGUUGAGCAACUCAUCCUUCGUCAUGAGGCCUUCCGCAAGGCUGCUGUAACCUGGAAAGAACGCUUCAGCUCUCUCCGCCAGCUUUCUGCAGCUGAGAAGAAAAAAGAGGAGGAGAAAAAGACAACCCCACUGUCCAGCCGAAGGAUGUUCCCAUUAUCAUGUCUGACUCCCAGUGUCCCCUCAACCAGUACUACCUCAUCUUUCUUGAGGCAGUCGGUACAGGCACAUAUAGAACCCAAACCCUUACAGACCAGUCUGGAUCUGGGUGCUUCCCCUACAACCCAGAGACUGUCCUCAACUCUCGCCAGCUACAAUCCAGUUAUAAAUGGAUCCGGCUACCAUGGACUGGAACAGCAACCCAGUGGGAAGUUGGUGAGCUCCCCAUACCUCGGGAUGAACCACCAGGUGGCCGGAGGUGGAAGUGACUCUGGUUUCUCAGCGCUGACCUCCCAGAGUGGUGGAGCAGACACUUCUACUUACCUUGGGAUAAACCAUCAAACUGCUGGCAGUGCAGAGAGCUCUGGGUACUUUGGACUGACUACUGGGUGUAUGGGUGUUCCACAAAACCAUCUAGGCAGUAGCAGGCUAGGAAGUUCAGGUAACCUAGCUCAGCAGCCAAGUAGUGGAGGUAUGGGAAGCCCUGGCUUUCUCCCUCAACAAAACUUUGGCAGUUCUGGAUAUUUGGCCCAACCACAAAAUAUGGGAAGUUCUGGAUACUUGGGUCAUCAGCCUAAUUUAGGUAGUACAGGAUAUUUGGCACAACAGCCUAAUAUGGGGAGCUCUGGGUAUUUGGCACAGCAGCCUAGUAUGGUGAGUUCUGGAUACCUAGCACAGAAUUAUCAGAGCAGUGGGGGGUUGGGUAGCUCAGGCUUUCUGGCACAAAAUCAUUACAGCAGUGGAAGUCUGGGCAGUUCUGGUUACCUGGCGCAGAGUGGUGGCAUUAUGGACCCUAAAAUGGCAUAUGCAUGGCAGCACCUGAAAGCUGACUUCAUGCAGCCCAGGAUCAACCACAUCCACAAAGCUGUAAACCCUCUCCUAGAGGCUAGCAGAGUGCAGCGGGAACAGUUUGGGGACAUUCCAAUGGCAGACAUGGUGGGGCCAGAGUCAGGACUGGAGCUUCUCCACGGCCGUCUCCAGAGGGAUCCCCGUGGCAGCCGCUCUGAUCCUCAGAUGGACCAUCUGAGGCGAGAGAGGGAGUACAAGCUGGGCAGACAGACUUCCAGUGAACAGGAGAUCCAGGCUAGACUGAACGAGCUGCCAUUGAUUGUGCGUCAGGAGCGCUACCGGAGGCGCCUGGAGAGGCAGUCGUCCAGUGAACAGGAAGGGAGCAGCAAGCAGAGGCUGCAGAGACAGGACUCAAGUGACUUGGAGGGCUCUGUCAAGGAGGGCUCUGACAAACGCUCAGGGGACAAGAGACAACAGACCAUGGCAGAGAUUGUAGAACAGGUCCAGGAGAGAGAGGCAGCACAUGCACGAGGAGAGCCUUAUCGACCUCCAAGCAGCCUCUCAGCACCCGUGACUCGUUUUGACGGACGUCCUCGUGCCAGAGACCGCCCUAAACCAAGGAGGAGGCCCCGCCCAAAAGAGCCUGAGGAAACACGACGCUCUCGCUCAGCACCAGCCACUGGUGCCCCAACGACACCUCAGCCGCCUUCACACACUGCCCACAAUGAAGGCUUCCUGUACCGCAAAAAGGCCACCACGUCUGACCUUGAAGCUCAGCAGAGAAGCCCAAAUAGUAAGUCCUGGGUGAACGUAUACUGUGUGCUGAAAGAGGGACAGUUGACCUUCUACAAGGAUGCCAGGAACCACACCACAACAUA